GAAGGCAGGUACUUACAAGGAGAAUAUUGAAAUCGGUACAAAGUUGAAGAACAUAAUGCUAUUAGGAGAUGGUAUUGGAAAAACCAUCAUAACCGGUAGCAAAAGUGUUGGAGGAGGUGCUACCACUUUCAAUUCAGCCACUCUAAUUGUCGUGGGAGACGGAUUUAUCGGUCGUGGCAUCACCGUUAGAAACACCGCAGGGCCACAAAACCACCAGGCGGUGGCGCUUCGGAGUGGUUCCGAUCUCUCAGUUUUCUACCAAUGCAGCUUCGAAGGCUACCAAGACACACUUUAUGUCCACUCCAACAGACAAUUUUAUAGAGAAUGUGACAUAUACGGGACAGUUGAUUUUAUUUUUGACAAUGCGGCUGUGGUCUUUCAAAAUUGCAACAUUUACGCCCGUAACCCGCCUAACAAGACAAACACUGUGACCGCACAAGGUCGGCUACAUGAUCCAAAUCAAAACACAGGAAUAUCAAUCCAUAAUUGUCGUGUCAUGGCCGCCUCAGACCUAAAAGGGGCCACGGGGUCCGUUAAGACGUAUCUUGGCAGGCCAUGGAAGCAAUAUUCAAGGACCGUGUAUAUGAAAACAUUCCUUGAUGGUCUUGUGGAUCCUGCGGGCUGGAUGCCAUGGAGUGGAAACUUCGCGUUGGACACGUUGUACUAUGGAGAGUACAUGAACACGGGCCCGGGUUCAUCAACCACAAAACGAGUUAACUGGAAGGGCUACCGUGUGAUCACUAGUGCCACUGAGGCUGCAAAGUUCACAGUUGGAAACUUUAUUGCCGGUGGUUCAUGGUUGCCUGCGACCAACGUACCCUUCACUUCUGGACUUUAAUCCACUCGUUAGAUAUAUUACCUAUAUAGGUGACAUAUAUUGAAUUGGUUAUUAGUUGCAUGUUUGAAGCUCAAGAAUAAGUGAUCGGUUAUUCAAAA